AUGGCUUUCGUUUCCUUCCCAGUCAUUACCAAUAACCCUGUAUACAGGAAUACCAUGCAUAUUUCAUAUGUUAAUCCUGCCUAUACCAUCCAUAAAAGCCAACCUUGGAUUCAAAGAUGGCAUAGAGAGUUGCUGGUGUUGCCGAUAUCCUGUGCUAAAGACUCACCAGAAGGUGCAGGUGGAGAAGAUCAUCAACCGGAUCCACGAGCUCUCGAAACAUUGCUGAAGCUUUACAAUGCCAUGAAGAACAAAAAUAUUGUCGAGUUAUCAGAGAUCAUAGCAGAUGAACCCGAGUGUGUCGGCAACUUAUCCUCGAUCGUCCAACCCCUUCGAGGGAAGAAGGUAAAGUUGAGUUACAGAGCCUAUAAUCUAAUCGGACACCUAGGAAGUGAAAUUGAGUUUUUUGUAAAACCAACAUUGCACGAUGGGAUGAAAGUCGGUCUUCAGUGGGGCGUACAGUGGAACAAAACACGCAUGCCUUUUGGAAAGGGUUUUAGCUUCUAUACAUCCCACCAUUAUAAGGGGAAGGUGGCAAUAAAGUGA